ACGCAGGGUUUUAUUUGGGACAGGAUGUUGCGAAUAACAGGAAUGUCAAAAAAGAAAGACAUUCUCAGAACCUGGAACCCAAUGAACCCGCAGAAGAACUAAUGCGAACCGGGCUUGUUAAUCUGAGCAAAUAAAAGUCGUGCUUGUGGAGACAGCUUUUCUGUCCACUGUGUGACUGGACCAGCACAGUACAAAAAACAGGGCUCAGGUUCAGCAAGACAUACCCCCGGGAUCCACGGUACCCCUGAAAUUAUAUAAACGGUGACAGGAUUCAAGCAGAGCGCCCUUGUGAUUCAUAUCAGCGGUUACCGAGAUCCUGUGGUGUUGACAACCAUGUAACUGAAGAGCCAUGGCCAGCACGGCUAGAAAAUGCGCACACGCAGUACGAUAAAAAGAUAUGAACAGCCGCAGGAAAACCCGAGUUAGAAAUUCUUCAAUCGCUGGUGCAUUGAGGCAACCAUGGAGCAAUAUACAACCACCACCAGCAGCACUGGAGAGCAGAUCAUUGUGCAGACUUCCGCUGGACAGCUUCAGCAGCAGCAGGGAGGAGUGACGGCCGUCCAGCUCCAGAGUGAGGCUCAGGGGGCGUCGGCCUCAGGCCAGCAGGUGCAGACACUUCAGGUUCAGGGUCAGCCCCUGAUGGUCCAAGUCAGUGGAGGUCAGCUGAUCACAUCCUCAGGCCAGCCGAUCAUGGUGCAGGCAGUCCAAGGAGGUCAGGGGCAGACCAUCAUGCAGGUGCCUGUGUCCGGAGCGCAGGGUCUUCAGCAGAUUCAGCUGGUGCAGCCUGGGCAGAUCCAAAUCCAGGGUGGGCAGACGCUCCAAGUCCAGGGGCAGCAGGGUCAGACCCAGCAAAUCAUCAUCCAGCAGCCGCAGACUGCCGUCACGGCUGGGCAGACCCAGGGGCAGCAGAUAACAGUGCAGGGCCAGCAGGUGGCGCAGACUGCCGAGGGGCAGACCAUCGUCUACCAGCCUGUCAAUGCUGACAGCACAAUACUGCAGCAAGGAGGCUUUGGAGGAGGUAUGAUCACCAUCCCAGCUGCCAGCCUUGCUGGUGCCCAGAUUGUCCAGACCGGCGGCAACACCAACACCACAAACAGCGGGCAAGGCACAGUCACCGUCACGCUGCCAGUGUCCGGCAACAUGGUCAACGCCGGCGGCAUGGUCAUGAUGAUGCCCGGGGGGGGUACUGUGCCCACCAUGCAGAGAAUCCCGCUGCCAGGGGCCGAGCUGCUGGAGGAGGAGCCUCUCUAUGUCAACGCCAAGCAGUACCACCGCAUCUUGAAGAGGAGACAGGCCCGCGCCAAGCUGGAGGCAGAGGGCAAGAUCCCCAAGGAGAGGAGGAAAUACCUGCACGAGUCCCGUCAUCGCCACGCCAUGCAGAGGAAGCGAGGCGACGGGGGGCGCUUCUUCUCCCCCAAGGAGAAGGAGGAGAUGGCAGCGGCUGCGGCGGCCGCAGCAGCAGCGAUGCAUGAGCAGUCCCAGCCGGGUGACGAGGUGGUGGCUCAGAUGAUCAGGGUGUCUUAAGCCCUGCACCCACAUGUGCAUCUCUUAACAAGGCUGUGCCAGCAGGUUUCCACACAGCCCUUCCAAGCAAACAAACAAAACGUUGUACAGCACUAUUAUCCAGACCUCGUGUUAACUGCUCUGGGAAUGCUGCAGUCUUUUACAGAACGUCAAUGGCAAUUAAUUCCCUCCUGUGGCAUUCUCCAGCCCCUACCCUCCAGCAUGCACGGAAAUGUUUAGAGUAUUCUUCACUGUGGCCUCGUCAGCCAAUCAUUUCAUCUUGACUGGUGCUAUUUUGUAAUCCUCCUCUGAGAAGUCAGAUUGGGUCGGGGAAGGAUGGUGCAUCUUUACUUCCCAAAGCAGUUAACAAAUUAGCUCAAAAACGAGAGAUCAAGAUCACACUUAUCGGCUGCUGUUUUAUAAGGGACGGGGGAAAAGCGGGGAUAACAAAUAAAUACUGCAUCCUUUUGAUGUUCGUAAUAGCAGUGAUGUACAGUAAGGGUAGUUUUCUGUGGCCAGUAUACACUUUGUCUUCAAACAGCACUGUAGAAGCUAAUAUUCAACAUCUGGAAAGUAAAUGAAGUAAAUACAGUGCAAGUUGUGGCUUGCUAUGUUGACUGGGGGUCUGUAAGAUUGUAAAGUGUAUACCUGCACUGUUUCAGUGAUGUGGACUCCUUGAUGGUUUUAUUUUUCCAAAUGGAAUGCUUAUUGGUUUAGUCUUUCGUUGUGCCUUUAGCUUUUGCCUGAUCUUGGAGGGGGGGUGAUGUAGUUUUAGUCGUAAUAUAUUACUAUGGGGGGGGGUGGCAGUGCUGUAUUAAAAAGCCUGUGAUGUAAUACCAACACAGAUGAGUCCUGUUAAGAGUACCGCUGCAUUGGUGCUGUGCAGAAGGGAGAAGCAUGGUGGUGGAAAUGGAGCUUUUGGUUCAGACAUGACCCUGGCUAAACGACAGCUGGUUUCAUGAAGCUGUAUAAAGGGAGAUUUUAAGAAAUCAUUCCAGAGUGUCUCUCUACCGUGAUCCUUGUUGCAUCUGUACAGCACCAACGCCACUGAAGACACGUUCUGAAAACAGAAGUGCUGCCCGCUCCUUCGCGCACACUGCGUUUGUGUACCAGUUUGGUUUUCCAGUAAUGAGCAUUUCUGAAUAUUUUUUAAUGGUCGUCCCCUGUGUAGGCAAUGCAUACAUUUCUAUUCAUAUAUUACAAAUAAUAAUUGUGAACAGUGUUUAACUUAGCGGGCUGGAUUCUGAAUUUGAAAUACUUCAAGGGCUCUUGCAUGUAGUCAGAUUUUAUUCUUUUUCUGUUUUGGAAUAGGAGGUACUGUAUAUUGGAAAUUCAGCGUUCUUUUUGUGUGUGUGAGAAAAACAAACUCUUUGUAUAUACAACCAAACGUUUAUAUUUAGUUUUAGUUUCCUCCUGUUUUGUUUUUGUUUUGUAUUUUCAAGCAUGAUCUGUCUCUGAUAAGUAAGCUGUAUAGGAACAGUACUGUGUACACCAUUCAGCUAAUAAAACGUUGUACUUUUUAUUUUA